ACAAAACAUAAACAACUAUCUAGUUAAAAUGAAUAACAAACUUGUUCUUAAGAUAACUAUCUUUUUGUGCUUUUUCUACUCUCUUUUGCUCAAACCUUGUACUUCUUUCCAACUUCAUGGUGUUCAUCCUUCUUUCACUUCACUUCCUAGGAAGCUCAACGCCGUGGAAAAGGUUACUAAGACUAGUAAACAUGUUGAGUCACAUAUGAAGGCAAAGAAUGAAAUUCUAGGUGAGUUGCAAAAGAAAGAUGUAAAUAUGAUGCAAAUAACAGGAGAUAAAUGGAGAGAAUGGGAAGAAGUUCAUGACCCAACCGAGUUAUUCACCAUGGAUUAUCGGAGAGUCCGAAGAAGACGACCCAUUCACAAUAAAUCCCUUCAUCCAUAAAACAUGGCUAAUUUUACGUUUGCAUAAUUUAGGGGAAUUAACAAAAAAAAAAAAAAAAAACUUAGACCAAUAUUUAUUUUAAUUAAUAUUAGGUCACAAUUUUGGUAGAAGAAAAAACUAUUGUAAUUAGCAAAAUAGGGGAGCUUGUCUUCGUAAAGCUUAGGUUAGAGCCGGCAUUUUGGAAGAUUAACUAUAUAUAUAUGUUUACUAUGUAAUUCUAUGUCGUUUAAC